AUGAUCUGGCCGUGGCAGCCUAGUGGGGAUGCUGCAGCCGCGGCUGCUCGAUCUGGUGCAGGGUCACCUGCACCAGCAGAUGCUCGAGCACCAGCAGCAGCAACGCAAGCAGCAGCAAGAGCAAAAGCCCCAGCAGCAGAUUGGCAGGACACAGAGCCUGCUUGGCCUGCAGUGUGGCCCGCUUUGUUUGGCACUGCCGUGUCGUCGUCAGCUGCAGACAGCGAAACAACAGCACCAGUGCCCGCUGCUGCUGCUGCUGCUGCUGCUGCUGGAGCAGAAGCAGACGGCCCAUCAGAAGCUGUGAGAGAGAUAAACUUGAGCUGGGACACCCUCACUGACGCUGAGGCUUGUGCUGCGCUGCUGCUGCAGACGACCAGCCGCUGUAUGGAGUCGCUGCUCGCCUCUUGCUGCAUGCGAAAGAGGCGAGGAGUCUUUCCUUUCCUAGAGAGGGGCAGCAGCAGCAGCAGCAGCAGCAUGGCGCAGGAAUGA